AUGAGAAGAAUUUCAUCUUUGGUUUAUUCAUCGUUGCGAUCAUCGUCAUCGGCAUCAACAACACUUCGGAAGAUAAAUCUCUUGGGAAGUAAUUAUAAAUCAAUGCUAAUCUCUGGAGGAAGCAUGAUGUUAAAUACUAAUCAGAGAGGAAAUUUCGUUUCAAGCCUUUUUAAAAGAACAACAACAUCAGAAGCAACCUCAUCAGAGAACAGUACAGAUGAAGCCAAUAGUAGCACUACAGAAAAUCAAUCAAUCAUUCUCUACAAUUCAAAAUAUAAUAAUCUGGUACACAGAUUCAUAAUCCAACCCUAUCAAAUUAAUAAGACUCACAUUUUGAAUGCCUUGGCAACCACAGGAAUGCUUUAUACAAUCUAUGAAUUGGAUAUUAAUGUAAAUUGGUUCAUUUGUUGUUUGUGGUUAAUGGGAAGUUCCUACCUGAGUUAUUCAUCACAUGUUAAUAAUAUUAAUCACAAAAUUUGUGUCCUUACCAAAUUGGAAUAUGAUAGUAAGAAUAAGGUUCUUUAUUUAUUUGAUGAUUCUGGAAAUGUUGUUGAUACAAUUACAGAUUUUAGAAAUUUAAUUCUCGAUAAUGAAUUGGGAUUCAAGGUUCACAUGCCUUUGGCUGGAUUUUUCUGGAAGAGUUUCUUAUUGAAUAGAACUGACAUGGCUGAUCGUUUCACUUUAAAGUUUUUGAAUUAUAAUUCAAAUGAAGUUAAGGCAAGAGUUAAAUAUCAAGAUUUUGGACUUUUGAGAACUGCAAGUGAAAGAAUGAAAAGAGAUGCCGUUACCACAAUCGAUCCAGAAACUGGAGUAAUGAAACAAUAUGUAUAUAUGAUAGCCAACUCAAAUCCACAAGUGAUCAAAGAAUUGAGAGAAGAUUUAUUGGAUUUAAAACAACAACAUGGAGUUAAACCUAAAUUCUAA